UUUCUCAUUCACGUUGAAUUGACUUCACAAAUGUUACUACUUCAAUCACUCCUUGAGUUGAGCAAAUCCGCCUUCGCUGGUAGACACUUCCCAGAAUUCCCUGCAAUCUAGUUAGCGUAACACCCAGAAACUACAGUUCCCAGAGUUCUGCGCGCUACAAGGAGGCGGGGCUUUCUGGCGCAACUCCCGCGAAAGGAGAUGGCAGAGUCCUCGGGUUCUCCCCAUCGCUUGCUGUACAAGCAGGUGGGCUCGCCACCUUGGAAAGAGGCUUUCAGACAAGGAUGCCUGGAGAGAAUGAGAAACAGCCGGGACAGGGUCCUGAACAGAUACCGCCAGACUGGAAGCAAUGUGCCAGGGAGCAUGCAGAAAACCCUUCUUGUGCAGGAGGUGAUGGAAGAAGAGUGGAAUGCUUUGCAGUUAAUGGAGAGCUCUCCAGAGGCCUUGAUUCAGUUUGAGGAACCAAUGGACCUGGCUGUGUUGGAAGAAAUUCAGCAGGAGCUGAUUGACCAAGAACAGUCCAUCAUUAGUGAGUAUGAGAAGAGCUUGCAGUUUGAUGAGAAGUGUCUCAGCAUCAUGCUGGCUGAGUGGGAAGCAAACUCCCUCAUCUGUCCUGUAUGUACAAAGUACAACCUGAGAAUAGCAAGUGGUGUGGUCAUGUGUCAGUGUGGCCUGUACAUCCCCUCACAUUCUCCACAGCUGACAGAGCAGAAACUCCGUGCCUGUUUAGAGGACAAUGUGAAUGAGCACAGUGUACACUGUCCCCACACACCUCAGUUUUCACUCACUGAAGGAACAGAAGAAAAGGCCAGUCUCCUCAUGAGCUGUCUGGCUUGUGAUACUUGGGCUCUGAUCCUCUAGCACCAGUUUUGACUCAUCGUUCUACUGGGUUGGAAACAACUGGUUCCAUCUGCGAAGGGGGCCUUGUAAAUACAAACCUUUUAUUUAUAAUUUAUUUUGUAUUAAAACUUCUCAUGUCUCUGUUUUUGGUGGUUUGUUAUAUAGAUUUCAGGGGAGGGACUAGAAAUAGAAAAGAUAAAUCACCUUGGAGGAGAUAAACCAAUUUUAUUGUCCAUCAUUGUUAUACAAAAAACUAGAAAUAAUAGAUCUGUAGAGAAGAA